CAAUGUCCUGUAGGAGGCAGCACUAAACGAAUGAGUCUAAAGACGGCCCUUUUUGCCGGUCAAAAGACGACAAAGAAGAAAAUUGACCAAUAGCAACGAGGGAGCUAGUGUUUGAAAGAUACGCGGUUGUUGACAUCUUCAUCUAGGAAGCAGGGUCCCACUUGCUGAUACCAGUCGUGUUCCAACACUCCAGCAAUGUCGAGCCGAAGUGUGGAAGGCUCGCCUUGCAGGGAAUGGGUACUGCGCCCUCCCUUGAGAAGCGUGGAGAAUGACAAGGAGCGUCGGUCUACGCCACUCAUACUGAAGUCCAAAUCACUGAAAGAAAAGGAGGAUGUUUGUUUUGCCUGGUGCUCUCCUCCACCGUCUGAUGUGACACACAGCAUGGAAAUGGCUGCUCGUGGACACCCCGACGUCACAUUUAAAUCCUUCAUCUGCUCUGGUGGUGAAGUGGAGAUUUCUGAGGAGCCUUCACUGUGCACAGAAGACCACAUUUUUUUGCCUCAGCGCCAAACUGCGUGUCACACUUUUGAAACUGAGGACACAGGCACCAGUGAGACCUGCAGCGUACACGCGGAACAUCCCUACAGCCGCUCUGAGCGAACGGACCCUUCUCUUGAUGAUCUUGUUCCAGCCAACGUUAGUGCCAUGGAUGUCACUCGGAAGUUGUUUGUCUGCGACAACAGUGAGGUGGAAGUUUUGGAUGGCUCCACGCGACCCGAUGAAGCCGUUCCUCUCGCACUGGACGGCGAAUGUGAGAUUAAUCUAAGCCACUGUCAGUGUGAGGGCGCUCUUCGUGCAGCCGGCGACGUAACAUUCAAGUCAUUCACUUGCAGUGGGGGUGAGGUGGAAAUCCCCAACGUCACUGAAAUGGUAGAUGAGACGGUUUCUCUUCCAGCAGAGCAAAGAAUGACCGAUCAUUCAGAGCUGAGCUUUUUAGGUGCUGAUGUGCAGCUCUGCAUUCCUCACUUUGACCAUCCUUACUGCCAUUUUCAGAGCAAUGUGGACACUUUUGGACAAGACGGAGUCUUGAGUGCUGUUGUAGCUCUUCCAGAAGAGCAAGCUGUGAACUCUCAGUCCCUUUAUAACAACAAAUCUCUCACACCGGAUCCCAUUCAAAAGAACAAAAACGUUGACGUAAGAAAUUUCACACCAGCGUCAAACGAGAUUCAGACUCGUGACUGUCUUAAUUUACAAGCCCAAGAACCCCCAAACUGUCAUUGUGACAAUGGUCCCUCUGCAACAUGUUGCCCGGAUCCUCUUGUUGAGACGAAUCGGGACAGUUUACAACAAGAAGUUGUCUCGAGCACUUUUGUUGCCAUUCCAGGGGAGCAAGCUCUGACCUCCCAGUUUCUCACUGACAACAAAUCGCUCAAAAUGGAUCCCAUUCAAAAUGACGAUGUUACAGGGACGCCUGAAACACUAUUGGGCAAGACUUUAACUCCAGCGUCAUAUUUUUUAGAAGACAUCCACGGGACACCCGAGAUGCAGAGCGACGACAAGCCCCUCCCUGCCUUGCCGCUGCGUCUAGAACUCAGCCGUUCCAGUGAGGCAAAAGACAGCGCCCUUGGCUCGUCAGAAAAUGGACCAAAUGUGCAAACACCUGCGGACAAACCUCUCGCGGCGACCAUGCCCGAGGUUUUAAAAGCGCUCUCAGAGUGCUCCUCUUUGGCGACGGCUCUGCAGCUCAUCAGUCCGGUUCGAAGGAGGUCACUUUCCCUCGUGAAGGCUCUCAGGAAUCCCGCCGACGUCUGUCAGAAGAACCCGUUUUCACCCGACAAUAAAGAGCUGGGCGCUUUGUGGGAAGACAACUUGGAGAGCCCCAUGCCUUGUCCCCUCCUCAGCUCCACCACUGUGUGCAACACCCCCCAGCCAGAGCAUCUGGGUAAGAAGUUGGAGGGGUCAGGUGCUCCUGGAUGUUCUUCCAUUCCGGCUGGUCCGCUCCAGCAGCAGCUACGGCAAAUGGCAGAGUUUCUCAUCCUGGUGUCGGGAAAGAUGGACUUCGCUGCCCCUCCUGCUGCUCCUUUAAGCGCUCCUCCUCCCGCCUCCUGCAGCGUCUGCGUGGGCGUCACCCCCGUGAAAAGAUUUGAUCGAAGCCUCAAUACGUCCGGAGAAUUUGAGAGGAAGGGCCGUUUCUCCGUCGCGGAUGCCUGCACGCUCACCGACCCACUCCUGUGGAACUGUCCCCCAGGCAGCCUGGAGUGCAUCUCGAAAGAGGAACUGGAGCAGAGGCUGAUGUCAAGCAUGAUCAUGGCGGAGGCCUUAGUGCAGCAGUUGGCCGUGGCCCGAGCGCCAGCGCGUGGCCACCCUGCGGGCCCGCCGCUGUCCGAGAUGCGGGACAGAUUGGUGCAGACGGACCACACUGAGCUCAGACAGACCACAAUGCACAGGGACUUGUAUAUGGCGGCUUUGAACAGGAUUGGUGACUUGGAGCAAGAUGGAAGGUCUCUACAGGAAGUCGUCCAGUAUAUCCAAGGAAUGCGUGCCACCAUGACAUCCUUCAGCAAUGACACCGUUGCAGCACUUUCCGACAUGAAGCAAAUUGAAGCGCUUGUGAGAGACGAUCAUCAAAGUCUCACUUCGCAUUACGGUGAAAUGAAGUUGUUGUGCAGCAAGUUCAAGGAAACGCAAAUGCGAAUGAGCCAGAAGGUCAAAGAAACUUUCAGGCAAAGAGACGAGAUGAAGACUCAAAUGGAAGAUGCUCUGGCAGCCAAGGAAGCUGCCUUCAGUACGUUAGCGCAGCUGAGGACCCGCUGCGCCAGCGAAAUGGCGACGCUGGAGAGAAACGUCGGCUCUCAGCGGGAACUCCUCGCUGUCCUCAACGUUGCUCUCCCAGAGCAGGUUGCACUAAACAAGACCAGUACCGAAACCCUCAAGUCUGCUUCGGAGCUUGUGUGCCAAACUAUGGAGGAUCAGUCCAAUUUGACCAAAGAAUUGUCCAGGGUCAGUAAUCUGAUGCAUAGGGUCGCUCCCUCGAUGGUGAAGCUGAACGAGGCGACGGCAGCCGCUCUGAGAGAGAGAGACGAGCACAUGGCCGCACGAGAUCGAGCUCUGGAGGACAGAGGGCAGCUGGAAGAGGAUCUAAAGCGAGCCACGCUAAGUCUCCAAUCUGCCGAAGAACAGAUUGGUGAUUUAAAUCUCCAGGUUACAAUUUUGAACUCAGAGAUGGGCGUGCUGCGGCAGAAGCUACUCAAGCAUGAGGGCGAACGAGCUCAGUUGGAGAGGACCGUGACGGAGAUGUCAGCCACCGUGUCCUCCACGACGGCCGCCCACACCUUCCUGGAGCACACGCUGGCCGAGGAGACGUCCAAGUUGCAGCAGGCACAAAGAGACGCAAGCCAGGCUAAAGAAAUGGCAGAUCAGUUGUUGUCUGCACUGCGCGAGACAGAAGAGCGGGCCGACGAGCUCAGUCGUAACCUGGCCGAGAGAGAGUCAGAACUCGGCCGCCUGCAGGCGCUCUCGGAGUCGCAGAGCAUACAAAUCGGGCAACUGAGUGCCGUAUGCGUGAAGUUCAAGGAUGUGGUGGAGAUGAAUGAGUUCCUACACGCAGAGAACGAAGUGGCCCGGGAGCAGCUUGUUGAAAGCGAAAACAUUCUCAGGAUUCUGCACGAGAGGAACAUCCAGUGUGAAGACAUGAAAAGAGAACUCUGCCAACUGCAGCGAGAGAAGAGGAGUGCGCAGGAGGAGCUGGAGGCGGCACGGGCUCGAGCUGGCACGGCUCAACAAAAGCAAGCUGAGGAGGUCGAUCGGGCCGUGACGGAAACCGCCUUGCUGCACUACACGCUGCGAGGGGUGACCGACGAGCUGCACGACAUGCUCGGCAGCGAGAAGCCGCAACCAAAGAAGUCGGAACCCGCUCUCAGAGUGGAGUGUCCAGACUUACCCGGCGUCGACAGCGUCAUGGUUGCAUCAACUGCCGAGGAGAAGGAAACUAUCACACCAGCAGUUGCCGUAGACUUGCCAAGAGAAAGCAUCUUCAGCGAGAAGAGUGCUUUCACCCGCCUGCCGGUGAUUCGUAAAAACGACUUUGCGGUGGAGGAGUUUGAAGCAAAGAAAAAGGAAGCGGAGGAGGGCGGGGAGCAGGCCGGCGUGCUGGACCAGCUGGCCCACCUGAGCAAGACGGUCACAGAGAUCGUCAGUACCCUCAAGUCUUUGCGGCGACACAAAGACGCCCGGGAGGAGGAACUGAAACGCACCGCUUCUCACCUGGAGAUGGCGCUGCAGACUGCCAACGAGAAGCACGCAGCGGCAGUGUCAGAGCUAAAUUUUGAACUGAGCCGCACCCGGAUCCAGGCUGCCCACCGUGACCAGGCGCUGCAGCAGCAAGCUGAGGAUGUGAAGAUGAUCACAAAGCUGAUGACUGAAGUCGCCGAGUCUCAGGAGAUGGUGCACAAGUACAAGACCGACUGUGAAGCGUUGCGUAAGGAGACAACAGAGCUGCGUCGCUCUCUCCAGCAGACUCAAUCAGAAGUUCAAAUCCUGCGUGGCGAGCUGAUGAAAGCUAGCAGACAUCCGGACGGCAAGGUUGACGUCAUUGAGGAGAAGCUUCUCUUGUUGAAAGAGGUGGAGCGACUGAAGAAUCGCCUUCAGGAGAUGGAGCAGACCAAAGGGAAACUGAUCGAACGGGCGAAGCGACAUCAAUUGAUCCAUCAAAUGAACCAGGAGAAGUGCGAGAACGAGGUGCGCAUGUUGGACAACAUGAUGGCGAAAGUCUGGGAGACGUUGCUCUCGUUGCCCGAAGAGUUGAAGGAGUGUGAGCAGCUACAGCAGCUUUUGAAAUAUUUAGGCAGAUGAGCUUUGUUUUCUGUAUACAUGCAUUGUGCGCGCUACUUUUUAAGUGUUCUAUUUUAUUAAAGUAUUAAACCAUUUUUUUAAAUCUCCGCCAAUGUUUGUUAUAACUUUACUGUGUUUUGUUUAAGGGCUUUUUUAUGUUGUAAUGUUUAAUGUAAAUAUUUGAAGGAAGUGUUGGUGCAGCUUAUUUAUAUUAUGUUAGCGCGUAGGUUUAUUUUGGUUAAAUUUCCCAUGUGUAAAACUAAUCACUGUUAAAAAAAAAUGCACUAACAUAAGCUAUCAUUAGACAAAAUGUGAAUUAUGGUUUUACAUUUUAGAUUAGCAGUCAAUUUGAUUUGUAUCACACCACAGUUUGUCAAAAAGUGGCAGCGCAAUUUAUCGAAUGAUGUUAAAAGUCAAAUAAAAAAUUGCAGAAAGUCAUAAAGAUGCACGGCUGGUUAUUACAGCAGCUGUUGCUAUU